AUGUUCUUUAUACGUUUACUAGUUCCAAGAAUAAAAUAUUAUUCUUUAUUUCGAUUAAAAUCAACUGAAAUCAAUUUAAUUGAUGAACUUAAUAGAAUAAAAACAAAAGAUUUAAUGAAAAUAUUUAAUGAAGAACAAAUAGAAAAUUUUCAUCAAUUAAAACGUACAUUAGGUGGAAAAUUUCAUUCUUUAGAACAAUUUAAAAAUGAAUCUAAACUUCAAAUUGAUUUUAAUAAAUUCUUUGAUUAUUUAUUAUUAUUGAAAAAUCGAAAUGACAAUCAACAACAUCGAAUUCAUAUUGAACCUCGUUUAACAUCAAAUAUUGUUGCUGAUAUUGAAAGUGUCUGUAGUCUUGAUUAUACAUCUUCACAUAUCAAUUGGUCUAUUGUAAAAACAACAAAUGAUAAAAACAAAUUUCAAGUCAAACAAUGGAAUACAAUUAAAGUUGAUCUUGAUAAAAAAUAUCAUUUUAUUAAAACAUUUGAUCAAUUAUCCAAUGGUCUUUCAACAAUUCCAUUAAAAGAUGCAAAUGUUCUUCUUGUUGAAGAAGCAACAUAUCGUUAUUCAAAUAUUAAAUUAGCUACAUAUAUUUCACAAUUACAACAAAUUCGUGCUAUUUUUAAUACAUUACUUCAUUGUCGUACAUUAUCAAAACGUCCAAUUUAUCAUAUAUCUGGAAGAGAUAUUGCUUUACAUUUUGGAUUAUUUAUUGGUAAUGAACAAUCAAGUGCAGAAUUUUUUCUCACGAAUCUUAUAUUUAAUAAUACAGAAAAUAAUCAAAUGAUAUUAUUGGAUAUAGAUCAUCAAUUAAAAAUAAAUUUUCAUCGAACAACAAAAGGACAAAGAGAACCAAUGGCUCAAUGUCUUUUAAGAGCUUUAGCCUUUCUUCAAUGUAUUGCUGUAAUUGAACAUAAAUCAAUAAUAUGUCCUGGUUAUUCUGCUGUUCUUCAUGUUCAUACAGCAGCUGUUGAAGUUCAAUUAAAAAAAUUAAUAACAUUAAUUGAUCGUAAAACAGGUGAAAGAACUCAAGAACAUCCACGUUUUAUUAAACAAGAUCAA